AUUGGAAAAAUAUUGCCAUUGAAAAACCCAUCUUUCUGAUAUUGGAUAAAGUAAUUCAGUAACCUGAAAGCCUAAGUCUUUUUUUUUUUUGCAGUGUUUCACUGUAGUGUUGGUUGUGGAUGCCAUGAAAUUUAAUUUUAAAAUUAGUGUGUCUUCCUUUUCCCUCAUUUAGCCUUUACAGUUGUCCUCCUUUGUCCUUUUCAGAUAUCUGGCAAUCCUUUCUGUGAUAAGCCAGACUUCAUUAGGGCAGUGGGUUCAUACAUUUAAUUUUAGCCAGGGUUUGAGUUUGCAGUAGAAAUUCCAGUUUGACAGUUGCAGCAAGUUUGAAAGAUAUAUAUAUUUUAAAAUGGCACCAAGUCCAUCAGUAUACACAGAUAGAGAAUAUCAAUGUGAAAAACCAGUGGAGGACAUUUAAAUAUUUGCUGUCUAUGGGGAAGAUUUCAGACAGCUCUCAGAAGAAACUAAAAAAACAAAUUUAUUCUUGUAUUUUUGUCUCCUUGUAUAUAAAACCACUAAUGUUGUGGGCAGCACAAGACUGAGCCUGAAAUUUACAAAAAAUUAAGCUGGGAUGUUUUCUGCUUUUUCUGGCUUAGGGAAAGAGAAAGUGAUACUCCUGAACUUCUUGUUUGGUUUCAACUUGACAAAAUCUAGGGGAGGACACCAAGGGAGUUUGUGACCAAUAUCCCCUUCCCUAGUUUCUCUAUGGCCACAGAGAGUCUGUUCAGCUAUCUCCCUUCUAUUUUUCUGUCCUUGAAAUUUUCUGUCUACUUCUUGAAGGUAUGAGUUGAUCCUCUUCACAUUUGGGACAAAUGUGGUUGGCAGCAGAUACUUAAUCACCACAGAAGAGACAGAAUUCUUAAGACAGAAUUGGCAAUUGUGCUUUCCCCUGAUCCUGUUUGAAAGCCUUGGCCCAAAGGCUCCCCGCCAGCGGAAAGAUAAAAAUCUUGGACCCAAAACUGCAGCUAUGCACGCUACAUUGCCUGGCAGCUUCAGAUGUCACUUGGGAGGAGUUGACCCAUAUUUUCUGUCUCCUUGUGUCACCGUUCACUUUUUCAUCCUUCCAUCCGCAGAUACAGAUAGGCGAGAUUCUGUCAAGUGGCCCAGGUUUUUAAGGGAGUCCUCUUAUGAAUAGAAAGGUUUUUUUCUUCUGAUUGAGCACUGGGAAGUGACUUUAGUUGACAUGUCAGUUUUAGAUUCCUGUAGAAUAAGAGGAAGAGAACACACAGUAAUGGAGUAUAUGAGUACCGGUAGUGAAAAUAAGGAAGAGUUUGACUUACUGCUGACAGAUUUAAAUAUGUCCGAAGUAAUUGACAUCAUGGAGAACCUUUAUCCCAAAGGUGACCUGACAAUUUACAAAGACAACCUCAUUGCUCUGCAUCCAGAAAAGAACAAAAAUGAGGAGCCGACUGAAUCUUUGCUCUUCAGCCGAAGAGAAGUUUCUUUGCUUUCGUGUGUCAAGUAUGGGACUGUGGAAGACCUACUGGCAUUUGCCAACCAGGUGUCAAACACCGCAAAGCAGUUAUGUCAGCACAGGAGACAAGAAUCUGGAAUCAUAUUAAACAUGAUCAAACCCAAAAAUGGGCGCUAUAAGAUUGACUCGGAUGUUCUUCUAUUUCCUUGGAAACUAACAUAUAGAAAUAUUGGGACUGAUUUUAUUCCAAGGGGAGCUUUUGGGAAAGUAUACUUGGCGCAAGAUACAGAAACCAAAAAGCGGAUGGCUUGUAAGAUGGUUCCCGUGGAGCAGUUCAAGCCAUCAGAUGUUGAAAUCCAAGCCUGUUUUCGCCAUGAAAAUAUUGCUGAACUUUAUGGAGCUAUCUUAUGGGAUGAGACAAUCCAUCUCUUUAUGGAGGCAGGGGAAGGAGGUUCUGUCCUAGAAAAGAUAGAAAGUUGUGGGCCUUUGAGAGAAUUUGAAGUCAUCUGGCUGGCAAAACAUAUUCUCAAAGGACUUGAGUUUCUUCACUCAAAGGGAGUUAUUCAUCAAGAUAUCAAACCAAGCAACAUUGUUUUCAUGUCAACCAAAGCUGUUUUAGUGGAUUUUGGACUUAGCGUUCAAAUGACAGAAGAUGUUUAUUAUCCUAAAGAACUUCGAGGAACAGAGAUUUACAUGAGUCCAGAAGUGAUUCUCUGCCGAGGCCACAGUACAAAAGCUGACAUCUACAGUCUAGGAGCAACCAUCAUCCACAUGCAAACCGGCAUCCCACCAUGGGUCAGUCGAUAUCCUCGUGCAGCAUAUCCCUCCUAUCUCUACAUAAUCCAUAAGCAAGCUCCGCCACUUGAGGACAUUGCUGAGGAUUGCAGUGCUAAUAUGAGACAGUUGUUGGAAGCAGCUCUUGAAAGGAAUCCCAACCAGAGACUUUCGGCUACAGAAUUGCUCAAACAUGAAGCCUUGCACCCAUCACGAGAGGAACAGCCCCGUUGUCAGAGUUUGGAUUCAGCACUUUUUGCACGAAAAAGGUUGCUGGAAAAGAAUGAGUUGGAACUCUCUGAGAAUAUUUCAGAUUCUUCAUGUCUUGGGAUUACUGAGGAAUUGGAUUUGCUGAGGAGACAACGCUCAUUAUAUAUAAACCUUGGAGCAUUAGCUGGCUACUUUAAUAUUGUCCGUGGACCAACAACACUAGAUUAUGACUAGAUUUAGUGGUCUCUUAUGUGGAACUGAAAGGAGUAAGUUAUAUAUAGAGAGAGGGGGGUGGGAAGUGAAUGAAGUAAUAUUGGAGCAAAAGAGCAUAUUUAUGCUCCACCAUUAGUUUAGUUUGUUUUGAUUAUCAAGGGAGAUAAGCACCUUCUUUCAAAAUAAUAUUUGGGGGCUUCAUUUUUUUUUUAUCAUACUUCCUCAGUGCUGUUGCAAUUGACCUCCUUUGUUUCAAACUGAGGGUGUGGCAAAUUUAGGAAUUCUGUACAUAAGCUAAGAACAUUUCCAAGAAAACAUUACUGAAUUCAGAGUCACCUAGUUUCCUAAUGAAUAUGUAUAAUUUAAUUCAUGUAUAUCUACUGGUUUUGAGGGAAGGAAACCCCUAUUGUGACUUGAGUUGCAUCUUCUGUUUAAGUUUUUAAUUAUCAAGCUGCUAGACAGGGAUUGUCAAAACGCCUUCUCCCCACGCUGGCUGAAAGUAUUUUCCAACACAAUAGUUCUUUGACAUGAAUGGGAACUGUGCCAGAUCUUGAGAUAAACUCUGUCAUGUGAAUGUAAAUUACACAAAGACUUAGUAACUGCAAUCAUAGGCUGUUUGAAUGUUAACAUAUUGUGUAAAUGACUCAUGAAGGUGAGCUUAAUUUAAUUUAAGAACUAUGUGUUAAAAAUAGACAUGUAGUUAGGUGUUACAAUUAUUUUAUGUUCCUAUGGAAAGAAUACCUCCUUUUAUUUUUGAAGAUUUGAGUGCAUUUAAAACAAAUGUUUUGAAUGAUAGUAAAACUAGUUCAAGAACAAAGCUUUGUACAUCCUAUGGGAUGAAUAUAUUAACUUUUAUAAAACAGUUUAAUGGUUUAUUAAGCUAUUUUUUUUAAAAAAGAGGCAUACUAUGUAUGUUAUAAAUAGAGCGAUUAACAACAUCAUGGUUUAGUUUUUAUAUUUAAAUGUCUUCGUAUGCAAAAUGUAUUUGUAUCAAUUUCUUGAAGUUCUAAUUCCUGAAUCAGUUACUGUAAAAAAAUAAAUUUCUGUUAAAUG